AUAAAUCGUGCCCUAGCGCGUGCGGACUGACCAAAAAUCUGCUCCUCCGGGAUGUCGGUGACGGCUGCGGUUGCUGAGAAGGAAUUAGGCAAUGCUGCAUAUAAAAAGAAGGACUUUGAACAAGCUCUUGCACAUUACAAUAAAGCGAUCGAGUUGGAGCCCACGUGCAUAACGUAUCACACAAACAAGGCGGCCGUAUUUUUCGAAAUGGGUCAGCUAGAUAAGUGUAUAGAAACAUGUGAGCAUGCAGUUGAAGUUGGACGCGAAAACAGGGCAGAAUAUAAAUUGAUUUCGAAGGCGUACGCCCGAAUUGCCCAUUGUUACGAGAAAUUGAAUGAUCUCGCAAAUGCGAAGAAAUAUUACGAUAAAUCCCUGUCCGAAUGUCGGCAGCCCGAAAUUGAGAAGAAGGCAAGAGACAUAAAUAGUAAAUUGAAAGAACAAGAACGCCUUGCUUACAUCAAUCCAGAACUCGCGGAGGUUGAGAAAACCAAGGGAAAUGAUUGUUUCCAACAGGGAAACUAUCCAGAAGCUUUGAAAUUCUACAGUGAAGCAAUAAGACGCAAUCCAAACGACGCCAAACUUUACAGCAAUCGAGCCGCAUGUUACACUAAGCUCAUGGAGUUCAAUCUAGCCCUGAAGGACUGUAAUACCUGCAUUGAUCUUGAUCCUCAGUUCAUCAAAGGUUACCUGCGCAAAGGUGCGGCGUGUGUAGCGGUUAAGGAUCUCAAUCAAGCGAGAAAAGCGUACAGAAAAGCUUUGGAGAUCGAUCCUGCAUGUGCUGAAGCCAAACAAGGAUUGAUGCAGACCUUCACGGAUGAUGACGACCCCGAAGCUGCGCGCAAGCGUGCGAUGAACGAUCCCGAGAUUGCAUCCAUCCUGUCUGAUCCCGCCAUGCGACUCAUUUUGAGCCAGAUGGAAGACCCCACCGCCUUGCGCGAGCAUCUAAAUAAUCCAGAAAUUGCGUCGAAGUUAAUGAAGUUGAUAGAUGCUGGCUUGAUUUCUUUUCGGUGAUUCGGAUACGCUGGUAUAUUAUGGUGAUGUUACUUCCUGAUGUCAAGACUUUCUUACAAACUGUGGUAACUGUUACCGUUCCCUCGCAUUGCAUCGAAGUGCUGUCGCAAAGUUCUUGCAGUUUUCAUAUACCAUACCGAUGAAAUAAAUUCACUUCCAAGAUCAACU